ACGCGGCCACCUUCUUCAACACAGUGACAUACACCGGCGGUCCGUCCAGUGCCGGAAACGCAGCGCAUCUCCAGCGUGAAACAACAACAAGCACCAAGCGGGGCAUCUCAGCCACCGAGUCCGCCGACGGGCACCGGAGGAGGCGAGAGAGCAGCACCUCAGCGCGAACACCGAGCGAUGACCAUGGAGAGCGCAGACAACGGCUCGGACGCGAAUUACGGGAGCCCCGUGCUUUACAACAGCAGCGGCAGCUUCUGUGGGAACUUCACCGAUAGUAACAACACCACGAGCUUCACGGAGGUGUCGUGCCACGGGGAGCGCGGACUGACCGGCAGCCUGUACGACGACACCAACCCGGUGAUCAUCGCGAUUGUGAUCACCGCUCUCUACUCCAUAGUGUGCGUGGUGGGGCUGGUUGGAAACGUGCUGGUCAUGUAUAUCAUAGUAAGAUACACUAAAAUGAAGACCGCCACCAACAUCUACAUCUUUAACCUCGCUCUGGCCGACUCCUUGGUCACCAGCACGCUACCAUUCCAGAGCGUCAACUACCUGAUGGGGACCUGGCCAUUUGGAGACAUACUGUGCAAGAUGGUGAUGUCCAUCGACUACUACAACAUGUUCACCUCUAUAUUCACGCUCACCACCAUGAGCAUUGACCGCUACGUCGCUGUGUGCCACCCUGUCAAAGCGUUGGAUUUUAGGACACCGCGUAAUGCAAAGAUUGUCAACGUCUGCAACUGGAUUCUCUCCUCGGCCAUCGGGCUGCCUGUCAUGUUCAUGGCCUCCACUGCCGUCACCCCCUCAAGCAUUGUUGACUGCAAGCUCAUAUUCCCCCACCCCUCCUGGUACUGGGACACCCUACUGAAGAUCUGCGUCUUCAUCUUCGCCUUCAUCAUGCCCGUCCUCAUCAUCACUGUCUGCUACGGCCUCAUGAUCCUGCGUCUGAAGAGUGUGCGCAUGCUGUCGGGCUCUCAGGAGAAGGACAGGAACCUGCGUCGGAUCACCCGCAUGGUCUUGGUGGUGGUUGCUGUCUUCAUCGUAUGCUGGACACCGAUCCACAUCUUUGUCAUCCUCACAGCUCUGAUCAAUAUCCCCAGCUCCACGCUGCAGACUAUCACCUGGCACUUCUGCAUUGCCCUGGGCUACACUAACAGUAGUCUGAACCCGGUUCUUUAUGGUUACCUGGAUGAAAACUUCAAGCGUUGUUUCCGUGAGUUCUGCACCCCGAGCCCCUCGGUGAUGGAGAUGCAGAACUCGUCCCGGACCGGAGUCACUAGCCGCAAGCUCCCCCAGCGUGAACACAACAGUGCAAACACAGGAGAAAGGUCCAAUCAGCAGGUAGAUGUAUGACUAGCCUUGGAGGGGUCGUCGGUGGACUCCCGCUGUUGUGGCGGUGUUGCCAACGACGAUCUCAACUCAGAGGUUACGCAGGUCACCACGGGGCUCUGACCACACAAACACAAAACACAAACAACACUUACACACAAACAAACCAGGCUCAUGACUGAGACUCAAUAGCACAGACCGUUCUACAGAUGUGUUGCAAGCUUAACUGCAGCGCUGCAUCGGGUCAGGCUGUUCACCUGCCGGGCAGCUUAACUGUUACUAACUGCAUGGCUGUGCAAGGCUUUAACUCUUACUGAAACAGAUACAGGAAUGAGGUCAGGAUAGACUGAAACAGAAAAAAAACAAUACUCCUCUUUACUGAGGAAGCUGUUGCACUAAACUGAGCAACAAUUCUACUACAACUUGACAAAACUUGUAUCUUGUUAUUAUUAUCACUACAAUGACAAGAUAGAUAAUACAAACUGAAUAUUUGCAGCAAACAAAGACAGUAUACAGAUCUAUAAAAGCCACCCACACAAGACACUACUAUCUGAAUGCUCCAGAGAACGCUGCCUCAUUGAUCUAAGUCUCCUCUUCUAACCAUCGCUUUUCCUCCUGAUGUUUUCUAUUUGUCCGUGUGAGGACAAUGUAGUUGUAGUUUUCAGGAAAUAUGGAUUUAUGGGGAUGAAUGGACCGUAAAGUAAUCCGAUUUUGGACUCAUGCUCAAAAGCUCUGUGGCUCCUUCACCACAUGAAGACAUCUCUGGACAGGAGGUGUUGUUCAAAGUCAUUUACAGCUUCCCGUUCACCCUCUGUAUGAAUUCCAGCCUAUUACAAUGCUCUCUACUGAUUGAUCUCCACAGCACCAUGCUGGCUUUGGCCACUUCAGGAAGAUUGAGUGUGUUGACGUAAAACUGUGCUUUCUCAACCCAGCUAACCCUUUGCUGUCAUUUACUGCCCCUUGAGUCUCCAUCUUUCUAUUUUUAUUCUCUGUAAAGAAGUUUUAUGCCCUUUUACUGUACUUUAUCAUUAAAUAGACAUAUAGUUGAGCACUGUAUGUUCUCAGAAUUUGACAAACUUCUGAAUGUACAGAGGGAAAACCAGCUGUAUUUAUCACGCUGGAUCAUUGUGCUGAACUGUGGAUCCUCCAAACCAGCAAAAAUGAUGCAUCAGCCCAUUUGCACAGCACUCGGCGCGUACUAUUGCAGCGUAGUUUGAACAUGUGCUGACCAGAGUAUGAUUAACUACAGCUUAACAGCCGUUACAACAGCUACUGGUUUCAAUGGAGACACUUGUAAAGAAGUUAACAAGUGAGUCAAGCAGGAUUGUACAUCUGUUGUAAUCUUUAGAAUCGCUUGUGCUUAACUUGUCGUGCUGUAUGCUAUACUUACCAGUUGCCUUUACAGUAGCUCUACUCGAUAUUCUGUGUACAAGUAUUUUUUUUUUAAUGAUCUGUAAAGUCGGACAUGAUUGUAUUUAUCUCCAAUGUAAAAUACUUAAAGUAUUCUGUUGCUUUCUAUAAACAUGAUAUCAUAACUUUGCCAGAGAAAGAUUUCUGAUGAUCAUGUUGGACCAGCAAGUUAUUGUGCUUUUAACUAUAACUUUUGUCAUAUGGACGCUGCCUUGUUACCUGAGGAGAUAUUAAAGAGAAAAUAAUGUGUGUAAAACCUUCAAUUGUGAAUUUGAACAUGUAUGCAGAGUUUAACUGAAUCGACUGUUUCAUGUUUUUUUGUUUGUUUUGACAUAAAACUGGUGUUUGGUGACGUGAUUCUGUACAUACAGACAGUCUAUUUUUGGUAUUGCUGCUUUCAAUCAAUUUUGAAAGAAUAUGCAGGAAACUGUUAUCAUUUCCAGUAUUUCGGGCCACCAGCUAUUAUGACAGAAACUGUUUAAAACUAAUACUUCACUGACAAAAUGAUAAUUAAUACAUGAGUUACUCAACCAAUGUUACAUUGAAUUUGUGAGGAAAAUGUUAUUCUUGCAUGUCUCCAUUGACAAUGAAAUUUCCAGAAACUGAGAAACUGUUUUUUGCUGAAAAUUUUGCCCCCUUUUACACUAGUAAAUCCUGAAUUUUCUCCAUUUUUAUGUUAUUCAGUCACCA